AUGUGCAUCCCGGGCGAGAUUGAGCUCACGCAGCUGUGGAGAGAAUUAUGCAAGGACGGAUGCAAGCACACGCGCAUGGCCCAGCACCACCACUACGUAAACCAGGGAUCAAGGGCCGGCUGGACGAGUCACGACGCGCCAUCAGCGUUUUCAAGGAUCAAGCUAGCGGUGAAGCACGGAUUGCGCCGAAUGAUGCUGAAGAAGCUAAGGGCGAGAGUGACACCCUCCUAA